AUGCCCACUGGGAAUGAUGAUAUUGACCCAGCCUGGCCGCCUGGCACUAUUCGAAUUGAGGGCGAGAGAGGAAUCCUGGCUGAGAUUGUGUUCUGCUUAGAACUGGCCACAUUGGAGGAAAUAUGUGAACUUCGGGUUCGCUUGAAUGCUGAACUGGGCUUCAGCUUCGCUUUGCUGAACGAUAGUUACGCUGCCGGGUGUGGCGCUGUGCAUCGGCGCUGUGAUUUUGUUCCCUUCGCUCUCAAGUUCGGACGACGACCAAUUUACAUUCUCAGCACAGCCGUGUAG